CAGAUCGAAAUCCUAGGGGCUAGGGUUACCCUCCACCCCCAUCCCAUCGUCCGUUCCGAUCCCGUCCGAUCCCCCGCCGCCCAAUCCAUGUCCCACCACGACGGCAGCAAGCCUUACCAGCCGCGCCGGGGGCCCGAGCGGCCCCCGCAGCCGGCGGACGAGGUCGCCGCGCCGCCCCCCGCCGCCGCCGCCGCCGCCCCCGCCCCGGCGGUGGACCACCUCGCCGCGGUGGCCGCCGAGGCGGACGCGCUGAACCGCUACACCGACCAUCAGCAUCAGCAGCAGCAGCAACAGCAGCACCAGCAGCUUCAGGGGCACGAGCAGGUUGGGGAGGAAGAGGAGGACGAGGACGAGGAGGAAGAUGAGAUGGAGGACGACGAGGACGAGCAGGAGGGGCAGGACGGCAGCGUCGGCGGGGAGCACGUCCCCAUGGACGCGGAUGCUGCUGCCGCAGCCGCGGCGGCCGCGGCUGCUGCCGGCGCUCAGAUGGACCCGCACGCGGCGAUGGUGCCUGGGGCCGUGCCGCCCAUGGCGCCCAACCAGCUCACCCUCUCUUUCCAGGGCGAGGUCUACGUGUUUGAUUCCGUCUCACCUGAUAAGGUUCAAGCCGUUCUCUUACUGCUUGGAGGAAGGGAGCUGAAUAACGCAGGACUGGGCAACGCAGCCUCGUCCUCUGGAGCAUACAAUAAGAGGGUGAAUUUUCCUCAUCGGGUGGCAUCAUUGAUGAGGUUUAGGGAGAAGCGGAAGGAGCGGAACUUUGAUAAGAAGAUCCGGUACUCUGUAAGGAAGGAAGUUGCACUUAGGAUGCAGCGCAAUCGAGGUCAGUUUACAUCUUCAAAACCAAAGCCUGAUGAAAUAGCAGCAUCAGAAAUAACGACUGCAGAUGGCUCCCAGAAUUGGGGGUCAGUGGAAGGCCGACCUCCAUCUGCUGCCGAAUGCCAUCACUGUGGUACUAGUGCAACAGCUACACCUAUGAUGCGCCGUGGACCUGAUGGACCAAGAACGUUAUGCAAUGCUUGUGGCCUCAUGUGGGCAAAUAAGGGUCUGCUGAGGGACUUGUCAAAAGCUCCUGUGCCUCUUCAAGCUGUGCAAUCAGCGCCUGUUCUAGAUGGUGGUAAUGGAAGUGUCAUAGGGAAUCCUGGUGGUGGGCUAGAGAGUUCUGCAUCAGCGAUGGCCCAUGGCCAUGAGUCAUCAAUGUGACUGGAGUAGCGGUGCUUAAUUCAGCGUUAAAACAACAAGGAUCAUCCUUGAGCGAUGGGUUAAAACAACGAGGAUCAUCCUUGAGCGAUCUCUGUAGUGGGCGGUCCGCUGUUGUACUAUAACUUGAGUGGGAACCUUCUUAGAUAUGGAAUACUUUUUAUUUUCCAUCUGUGUAGGUUUUAAGUGCUGCGGCAAUGUUUCAUCUCGUGGGAUCAUGUUUGCAGCUGUUGUUGUGGCUAUAGCGAAUGUGUUUUUCCUCUCUUGAGGCGCGACUGUUAAGAACUGAUGAAGUAAAUUGCUUCAGUGCGAACAGUUGAAGUGCCUGUA